AUGGCUUUUCCCUUUCUGCGGGCCUUCAUCGCGCUAUUCGUGUACCGCUAUUUCCGCCUCGUCGUCAAUUUGAUUUCCUUCUGGACGUUUAAGCCGAUUCCGCCACCGGAGAACCCGAAACUGACCUCGCAAGAUGUCUCGGUAAUUAUUCCCUCGCUGGAGGGCUGCGGCGAUGAGCUUUUCGAGACGGUCCGGACCAUCCUCGACACUCAGCCGUUCGAGGUGCUGCUGGUCACCAUCGAAGCCAAUCGGAAGAAGGCCGAAAAGAUGUUGAGUGCGAUGCCAGCCUCUAAAUCCCGAAUCCGAUUGUUCACCGUCACGCAUCCCAACAAGCGCCGGCAGAUGACAAGAGCCAUCCCCGAAGUGCGGACGGCCAUUACCAUUCUGGCGGAUGAUGAUGUGAGUUGGCCGCGGACGGUCCUGCCCUGGAUCCUGGCGCCAUUCGAGAAGGAUGAGAUGUAUGGAGGCGUGGUGACCUGUCAGCGACUGCGCCGCGCCAUUGCGCCGACUUUGUCGGAACGUAUCUGGGGAUUUCUCGGCGCUUUGUACCUGGAACGGCGCAACUUCGACUGCGGCGCCACAACUCAUGUGGACGGCGGCCUGCCGUGUAUGUCGGGACGGACUGUGGCCUACCGGACGAAGAUCCUCCAGGACGAAGGUUUCACCUAUUCCUUCACCAACGAGGAAUGGUGGUGGGGCAAGUACCAACUCAAUGCCGACGACGACAACUUCAUUACGCGGUGGAUGGUCUCGCAUGGCUGGGAAACCUACAUGCAGUAUCACCCGGAGGCAGAGGUGCUCACCACGCUCGAAGACAACCCGCGGUUUUUGAAACAAUGUGCCCGCUGGUCGCGCAGCAAUUGGCGCAGCAAUCUCACCAGCAUGUUCCAUGAAAAGCAUAUCUGGUAUCGGCAACCAUGGAGUUCCUAUGCCGUUCACUUGACGACCUUGUCCCCUCCGGCUCUUCUGGGCGACCUGCUGCUGGUUUGGCUGUGCCAUAAGGCAACCGGCCCAUGGGGAGAUGUCUCCCACAGCCGGGCCAUGACGGCACUGUACCUGUGGAUGUUCACUAGCAAGUGGAUCAAGCUGCUUGGUCACUACAUCCGCUACCCGGUCGACGUGCUGCUACUGCCCGUAUCGAUACUGUUUGGGUAUUUCCACGGCAUCAUCAAGGUGUACGCGGUGCUCACUCUCAAUGUGACCACAUGGGGUAGCCGUGAUGGUGCAGAUGAUUACGACGCCGAGCGCAUGAAGAAAAGAACCGAUCUCGACCGCAUGAAGCAGCCCUAUUACCCUAGUUUCCUCACCAAAUAA